GUUCAUCAAUUCCCUGGUUCACUUGGCUUCUUUUAACAACAGAUGUUAUUACAACAACUCCGCCUGCCUCCCUGCUCCUGUCAGCACAUCUGAUGGUGAAACCCAAGAAUCUACGGCUGUAACUGUGCCUGCAGAGCCUCACUGCUGCCCAGCCCCGUGGCCACUUGCAACCUUCUCCCUGGGAUCACCAAUGCAUCCCACCUUUGGCACCUGUGAGUAGCUUGUGCUGGGAGACACUGCAGAAAGGCUUUGGUUAAAGGAGACAGAGAAAAGGUGCGAGGGAGUCCACAGGAAGGUGAGUUCCUGCUAUCAGAGGAGGAAGCGGUGAGGAUGGCCAGCAACUCCAGUGCACUGCCCCGGGUGACUUUCCAGACGCCUGAGAAACCUGGGGAAGAAUCAUCACACAGGAAACUGGGCAAGUUGACCAUAAAGUACAACCGCAAAGACUUACAGCGCUGGCUAGACCUGGAGGAAUGGAUCAAUGCCCAGCUGCAGGAGCUGUACCAGUGCCGGCUAAGGGAGGAAACAGAGGCAGCAGCUCCUGAACCACAAAUUGAUCUUGAAGAUCUCCUGGAGGUCCCUAAUGAAGAACAGAAAUUAAAACUACAGGAAAUCCUUCAUGAGUGCUCCAGCCCCACAGAGGACUUUAUUACGGAAUUGCUUAGUCGAUUGAGAGGUCUCCGGAGAGUCACCAAUCCUCAGAAGAAAUGA